CUAGGUAUUUCAGUAUUAGUCUAGGUAUUUCAGUAUUAGUCUAGGUAUUUCAGUAUUAGUCUAGGUAUUUCAGUAUUAGUCUAGGUAUUUCAGUAUUAGUCUAGGUAUUUCAGUAUUAGCCUAGGUAUUUCAGUAUUAGUCUAGGUAUUUCAGUAUUAGUCUAGGUAUUUCAGUAUUAGUCUAGGUAUUUCAGUAUUACCAGGUGGUCUUGUUUAGUAGACAGAAUUGGUGUCAGGCACGGGAAUCAAAGGUGGCUCAGAAAGUUGUUGAGUUGGUCAGCAACCAGAUUCAAGCUGCCAAGUAAAACCCCCCUGAUAAGUAGCAGUAAGGUAAGCUGCAAACUUCUGAGGGGGUUUUCUGUACCACUUACAGUACUGCAUAAAAUAUAAUUUCUCAACACAUCAUACUCAACAAAUGAAACGGGCUUUAAGUGUUCCAUUUAAAUAUUUUUAUUGUUGUUUUCAAUUCAUGUUUGCAGGGGGCCAUUUCAAAUAAAUAAUUGGUAUUACGUAUUUUACAACACCUUAAUAAACCAUGCUAUGUACAUAGUUGAUACUGUACAUACUUUAGUUCCUGGUGAAUAGCGAUACAAUGAAGGAUGGAACAUUGUCUGUUGCGUGUUCUAGAGUUCCAGACUUCCAGAAUGCUGUGUUCCAGAGGCAUGCUCCAGCAGUGGAGUCUAGCUGUGUUCCUGCUGUACUCUUCUGUCCCUCUCUACGGGAGACGCAUCGAUGCUCUCACUAACAGAAUGAGGAGGUCAGUGAGCCACGCCCAGCUGAUGCACGAUAAGGGCCGUUCCCUGCAUGAGUUCAAGAGACGGCACUGGAUCCAGGAACUACUAGACCAAGUCCACACGUCCGACAGCGAGCGAGCCCCGGCUCCCCAGAGCAGGACCAGUGCUAAUGAGUGUCACAGCACCUUCAGCGGAAGCGCCCUAUCCCCCCCCAAACCCUCUGGAGGGACCAAGAACCUCCCCCUGAGCUUCCGGCUGGGAGGGGAGGGGAGCAACCUCCCCCAGGAGACCAACCAAUCUGUGGCCUACAAACACCAACCUCUGAAGGUGGUCACCAAGAGGAAAAAGAAGGUGAAGGGGGAGAGAGGGAGACGGAAGGAGAGCGAGAAGAGGAGGAGGAGGGCUCGCUCUGUAGUCACAAGUCUUACGACACAAAGAGAGGAGUUACAGAGGACACAAGACACUGUGUGACAAACAUACUUCAUGAUGUAGCCUUUGGGUGGCGCUGCACUACGGACUCUGACUGACAAAGAUUCCAGCAUCACUGACUGAGACUCAGCCUAAUGUCUCAGACUCGAAACAACUGGUCUCUCCAUACCAUGGCCAUUGGUCUUUGCUUGUAUUGUUUUAAUCUGCUGCUUUUUCCUUGUGCCUUGAUAUACAGUAAUAUGUUGCUACUUUUAUUAUAACACAUAACUUCUGUAUACAUAUUUAUUAGGUAAAUAAUAUGAAAAUCAUCAGCCAUGUUAAAUUAAUCUUUAACUCAUCCCUAGUUAGAUAACAAUGUAAGAUAUGGGCCCUUCAGGAGCAAUUUACUGUAUCUCCCUAAUACCCUUUAAAUCCUCAAUCAGAUGUCCAUGUGUAAAGUACAACAUAGGCAACACAGUCAACGUUACGCAUAACAUAUUUAUUGUUUGUACAUAUUUAAAUUCACAAAAUGAGGGAGGAUCAUUCUUUCUUUCUUUUACUGCCCGGUAGCUUUUUAGAUAGUCGAUAUUGUGAAUAUAUAAUUUCUUAUCUGUAGUUAGUAUUAUUAGAUCCAUAACAAAUGUUUUUACCAUAAUUUAUUUCAUUUGAACUGUAUAUUUAUUUUGUGAAUGUAUUACCGUGCUGCUGAUUUUUUGAUAUUUUAUAAUAACAUAAAAUGCACUUUAGAUAUAAUGAUGAUAUCCAUAUGUUUUGUUAAGUUACAUUGUUAUAAGUGUUCUCAUUUGUGGUUGGUUUUAAUUAAGAAAGAAAAUGUUCCUUUGUUGAUAAACCCUUUAUUUUUGAUUUGCUUCUUGGUUUCUAAUAUUAACCAAUCAUCUCAUUGACUAGUAAGUUAUUGGAUCAUCCAUCAAAUUCUCUCUAGUUUUAAUUAUUAUUUUUUUUAGAAAAACAAGCCAGAGUUGAAACUGUUGGAAUGAUUACAGACUUGUUAAGAUUCAUGUCAUGUUUAGCAUUUGCACUGAGAGCACAAUCAUUUAAAUAAUAAUAAUAAUAAUCAAACCAAAGAUUAAA